GAAAUGCUAAUCGAAAACAAACAACAACAAUCUAAGCAUCCACACAUCGAUUUUCAUUGAUUUUACCAGAAAAUUCGCAUGUUUCUUUAGAUCAAGUGAAUAAAUCGAAAAUGGCCACCGAUGUGGAGCCGGCGUCGAAUACACCGGACAAGUUUUCCGCCAAUGCAGAGGAGCUGGAGAACUACUAUCUGAUGCUGGAGGCGGGAACUAUUCCGGAGCUGCAGUGGCAAUUCCCUGGACGCAGAGCUCCGUCGCCGGAGGUCGGGUCCGGCGGAAAUAGCAAGGAACUGGAGCAGACAACAGAUGCCAUUGAGCAGGAACCCCAAAAGGCCAACGACUUCGAUUUCAGCGACGAGGUGGCGCCCACACAAAUGCGCGUCCGCAGUCAGACGUCCACGCCCAAGUCGGCCAAAAAGAAAACAGCCAACUUCGCCGGUGUCAUGGAGACUCUGAAGAAAAAGAACGCGGAGAGCUCCUAGCACCCGCCAAAAUUCUGAUGUUGAUCACGCCAAGAAUUCCGACUCUGUACCGUUAACUUCUGUUAUUAAGAGGAGGCCAUGGUGUCCGUAUGCCGACCAGUUGAGGAAAUUCUGUCUACAACAAAGUUUAACAGUCUUUGAAGGUGAAGGCAAAAUUGAAGUUCUCGCCAAAUCGUUAAAGUUUUUAGCUUCCUCCAAAGUUCUGAUAAAAUUUUAAUUUUUACUCUCGA